AUGGUUGAAUCAACAAGCAUUGAGCAGGAUAGGGAGGUACUCAUGGACAGGCUUCGACUUAAUAAACGCCUUCGAAAUGAGGCAUUGACAGCAAGCGAAGAGCUCGAAAUCGUUUCUCCUGCGGUCGCCGAAUUUCGACGUAGCAUGGGACCGGUUGAUCCCAACCGUGCAUUCCUUGAAUGCUGUAUGGACAGACAAUUACCGGAUGCUUGUCUUGCCAAAUGCAACUUCAGAACGUACACGAAAGAAGCGUUAUCUGCGAUGUACUUCAAGCAAGAUCCAUGUCCUUUGGAAGCGAUGAAGGAAAUGCAGUUCUGUGCUGCUCAAGGAGCGGACCACUCCGAAUGCUGUGCUCGUAAUGGAGUCACAACAACUCUCGCUGGCAUGAAAUGCCUCACAUUCUGUGAUCAACGACUAGGACAUCCCAAACAACUGGAUAUGUCAUAUGUUCCGUGUUUCGACCGUUUCGAAAAUAUGAAAGCGUGCUUUUGGCACGAUCUGACUCGCUAUUAUAGGCUGAAGUAG